CGGCCCAGUCACUCGUUGUGAACAGAACUCAUUUUUUGGGAAACUUAACCGCGGACAUGGAUCACACUCCAUCAGUGGCUUUACAACUCACUCGAUUUUACGUCCAGAAGAUCUUUGUGCCUAUAGUCGUCACGGUGGGUAUCUUGGGCAAUAUAUGUAACAUUGUCGUACUGAGUCAUCCAAGAAUGACCAGUUCUACUAACGUGUAUUUGACCAUUCUCGCGGCUUGUGACAUGUUGUACUUAGUCUUUAGUCUAACACUUGGAUUUGUGUUUUGUUCGUACCGGGACAUGCCGGAGUCUUCGUUCCAAUACAUUCCAUAUGGUCGAGUCCUCAGCGAUAUUUUCGGGAACACGGCUGUUUGGUUAACCGUAGCAUUCACCAUUGAACGGUACAUCGGGGUCUGUCACCCAAUGAAGGGUAAGAUUUGGUGUACCGUCACCAGAGCCAGAUGGAUUGUCCUACACACAUUCUUGAUCUGUCUCACCAUAACAUUUCCGGAGUUCUUCGAGAUGGAGAUAGCAGAAGUUCGAGACGUUUCGGCAAACACUACUUACUACAUCUGUCGCGGCACAGAACUGUCCGAAUCGCACAGCUAUCAGAUUGGAUAUUACUGGUUUUACGUAACAUUCUUCACGCUUCUGCCGCUGCUGCUCCUGGCAAUAUUCAACAGCUUUCUGAUCAAAUCCGUCUGGGAAGCCAUCCGCAUCCGUCGUGAGCUCCAGAACAGCAGUUCCCGGCGAGACAACAGGACCCAUCAGGAGCAGCAUCGCAUCACCAUCAUGUUGAUCACUGUAGUCAUUAUGUUCAUGCUGAGCCAGCUACCCUGGACGAUUCUGUUGCUGUACAAGGCCUUUCUUAGUGCUAAUGAUAUUCCCGCCAACAGUGAUGGACUCCGAAUAGCCGGUAACAUCACCAAUCUCCUGGGUCAAGUUAACGCAUCGUGUAACUUUCUGCUGUACUCGUACUUCAGUACACGGUUCAGGAAAACAUUCCAAAAACUCGUCUGCUCUUGGAACGAGAAUUUCAUAAAGUCCCCACGGUUGGGAACCAGGAAUCCGUCUCACGUUCUUACGUCCACUGUGAGAGGAAACCGGGAGGAUACAGCUUGUGACGAAACUCUUAUUCCUCUCAAGUCAUGUUCCUGGCAAAAUGGCUAUCACGGAAACGGUGUAAAAUCCGCCCCAAAAGGCUAA